AUGGUCAAGAGUUUCUCAGUGGACUGGCUAGCCCAGAGUUACCACGAUUCUUCGCCUAAACAGGAAUUAGAAAAUAUGGAGAGGACGACUCCAGCUCCUUACAGACCACACAUUCCCUGCGUGGUUCAACCUCGACCCCCAACUUCUUAUGACAAAGUUUAUCUCCAGCCUAAACCUAAAGUUGUGAGGACUGCACAGAAGGACACCGAACUGAUCGAGGAUAAAGAAGCCAGCUUUAUCCCGCCACUGCAUCCAAGAGCCUGCUCCUCACCAAGCUUUUCAGAGAACAGCGGUUACUCUUCUGGUUACGAAAGCGAGGCAGCUGCUUCCGAAUGCCCUUCUAUUGAGGAAGGGACAGAAGGAGAGCGUGAAGGCUCUCACCGCAGAAUCCGAACCAAAUUCACCCCAGAUCAGAUCAACAAACUGGAGAAAAUCUUCAGCAAGCAUAAGUACCUGGAUGCAGGCGAGAGAGUGAAAACAGCACUGAAACUGAAUCUCUCUGAAACACAGGUUAGAACUUGGUUCCAGAACAGAAGGAUGAAGCUUAAACGUGAGGUCCAGGAUCUGCGUACAGAGUACUUCGCGCCUACCUUUUCCCCCAUGAUCUUCCCGCCUAUCCCGUCAGUUCAGUACCAUUGUAUCAAUGGACAGGGACUGACUUUCGGACCGGCUCCACACAUGCCCUACCCGCAUAUGAUGCCCCAGAUCCCGGUCCAACAAAUGAUCUCUCACCCGCCCAGUCAUCCAGCCCUGUCGACGCCACACUACUUUUGA